GCAUCUUCUUAGUCACUAGAUGUGAUGGCAUAAGUAUAGGAGUGUGUUGCAGGGCCAGUAAGAACCUUCGAGUGUUUUUUUUUUUUUUUUCCUGAGGAAGAUGCUGAUUUUUGUAUAAAUAACGGCACGCUGCCGCUUGUACGCUGCAGACGUAAUCGCAGCCGGGGCUGUUGCUCCGAGGAGCUGCCCACGCCUGUGGCUCUGAGCUUGGCGUCCCGUCUGCACGGCCCAGGCUGAGCGACGAGAGGCAAACAUGGCCCAAGCACCCCCUGAUCCGAGCAGUGCGGAAACUGCUGACCCAGAGGAGAGUUCUCCAAACAUGAUAGUCUACAGAAAGAUUGAAGACAUUGUUACAAGAAUGCAAGAUGACAAAACAGGUGGAGUUCCCAUCCGCACUGUCAAGAGCUUUCUGUCCAAAAUCCCCAGCGUGGUCACUGGUUCUGAUAUUGUGCAGUGGCUUAUGAAGAACCUCAGCAUAGAGGAUGCAGGGGAAGCAAUACACUUGGGAAGUCUUAUUGCUGCACAGGGUUACGUCUUUCCCAUCUCAGACCAUGUCCUCAGCCUUAAGGAUGAUGGGACGUUCUAUCGUUUUCAGGCACCAUACUUUUGGCCUUCAAACUGCUGGGAACCAGAAAACACAGAUUAUGCCAUCUAUCUUUGCAAACGGACCAUGCAGAACAAAGCUAGGCUGGAGCUGGCGGAUUAUGAAGCCGAAAACUUAGCAAGACUUCAGAGAGCGUUUGCAAGAAAGUGGGAAUUCAUCUUCAUGCAAGCAGAGGCACAAGUGAAAAUCGACAGAAAAAAGGAUAAAACAGAAAGAAAGAUUUUGGACAGCCAGGAAAGAGCAUUCUGGGAUGUGCACAGGCCUGUGCCAGGCUGUGUGAACACCACAGAAAUGGACAUUAGAAAGUGUCGCCGUAUGAAAAACCCACAAAAAGUGAAAAAGUCAGUGUAUGGGGUUACAGAGGAGUCUCAGCCCCAAAGCCCCGUACACCUGCCCUCCCAGCCGGUGCGCAAAACCACAAAAGAGGAUUUCCGCAAGCAGAUAACUUUUCUGAACAUGCAGAUAGAGAGACAUUGUUUAAAGAUGUCCAAAGUAGCAGAAAGUUUAAUAGCCUACACAGAGCAGUAUGUGGAAUAUGACCCCUUUAUAACUCCUGCUGAGCCUUCCAAUCCCUGGAUAAGUGAUGAUGCAGCAUUGUGGGACAUUGAAAUGAGCAAAGAACCUAGUCAGCAGCGUGUGAAAAGAUGGGGUUUCUCCAUGGAUGAGGUGCUGAAGGACCCAGUAGGACGAGACCAGUUCCUUCGUUUCCUGGAAUCAGAGUUCAGCUCAGAAAACCUCAGGUUUUGGUUGGCUGUCCAAGAUCUCAAGAAACGACCUUUACAGGAUGUGACCACAAGAGUGGAAGAAAUCUGGCAAGAGUUUCUAGCUCCUGGGGCCCAAAGUGCUAUUAACCUGGAUUCCCACAGCUAUGAAAAAACAAGCCAAAAUGUCAAAGACCCAGGGAGAUAUACAUAUGAAGAUGCUCAGGAGCACAUUUACAAGCUGAUGAAGAGUGACAGCUACGCGCGCUUUCUGCGUUCGAACGCUUACCAGGACUUACUGCUGGCAAAGAAGAAGCCAGAGAAUGAGCAAGGUCGUAGAACUUCUCUAGAAAAGUUCACUCGCAGCGUGGGAAAGUCUCUGGCGAGCAAGCGCCUCACGGGCCUGAUGCAGUCUUCCUGACAGCUCCGGCCGACCGCCCCGCGGGAGAGACAGCUGGGACCGCUGCCGGGGACGGGGCAUUUCGGGGAGAGCAAGUCCCUGCUGGGGAGACAGCCUGAGCAAGUGGAAGCAGAGAGCCACACACCAGUGGAGCACCUCUCUUCACAGUUUACACCAACACUUCCCUGUCUGCACAGCUCCUUAAGGACCCUGAGCUCUGUGCAGGUACUUUGUCUCCAGCUGAGGUUUGGAGAACACUUCACCAUACACAGGAGGUCAACAAGGCAAGGGCUUGCUGUCUUGUUAUUUAAGGAAACAGACCCAACUACAGCUUGGAGAAAGAAGAGCUGAGAGAGAUCAGUGUUUUUCCACAUCUCUUUCCUCCCUGGCACAAACGUGACUGUAAUAAGAUGGCGCCGCAAUCCCACUUACUCCCUUUCAUGUGGCCGUCUGGAUCCAAUAAAAUAUCUGGAUAUUUUAGCUGGAAGCUGCUUCUCCUUCUCACAAAAUCCCAAAUGCAUUUCACCUGCAGAUUCACUGACUUUAACUUGGUUUUUCUUUCCUAUGUUUCUCCUCCUUUAAAACAAUGGGGGAAAAAAAAAAAAGGCAUUAAGUUCAUCACUCGUUGUCCUUCCAAUAGCAUGUAGCAUGUCCAGAGAUGAUACCAGAUCCUCAGCUGAAGUGAGGAAAGCAGGAGUGGUUUUCAUCACCUGAGGAUCUUCCCCCUUGAGUCAGACUGAUCCUGGUGCAAAUUCUCUGACGUCGGUGGAAUUGUCCUGCAUGUGCGCGUAGUGCAAAUGUGAUCAGACUGCCUGAUGCUCAAAAAGUCAUGUUUGAGAUGUGCAGUGCACACACAAGCGCACACACACACUCACACACACAGUAUUUAAAGUGAGUUGAUUUAUAUUUUAUUUAAUUUUCUAUUUAUUUAAGAUUUUGCAUACCUAAUCAAUGAUGUUCAAACUUUUCUCCGAGCAAACCAAACAGGACUCCAGCUCUCCAGUCAGAGAGGGCCAAAAUCCAUUCACUUGUGUCCAGGGAAAGGCAACUCUGAGGAGGGAAUUGGUGGUGUGAAUGGGCAAGGUGCCAAGUGACACUCCCUAAACAGCAGCACACCCAGCUGUGAUAUUGUGCUCAGAUAACUGACCCUGAUGAGAAGCAGCAUUCUGAGAGUGAAAUUGUACCACUGGAGGAAAUGAGCUUCCACUAAAACUCAUCUGACCUGCAGCUCGUGCAGCAAAAGACAGCAGCAGCAAAAGAUGGCCCAGUAGCUUGUUUCUUGUUUCAAGCUGUUGGAAGUGUGGCGGUUAGGAUGAGGACAGGACUGAAGUGACUUUGUUAUGAAAUCCAUUUAUACUAGCUGCAGAUAGGAAAAUGGCCUGCAUUCACAUACAGUACACUAUCUAUAUAUAAAAAGAAUUUCAAGACUCAGCUGACUCACAAAAUCUCCUAUAUUUUGUAAGCAGUUCAGAUCUGAAGCAUACAUGAAACUAGACAUUUCUUGGUCUUCUUCACUCAUGCCAAGGCAAAUUGGCUUUUUGUACAGGUGGUAGAAACUGCUAUAUGGCUACAAGUCUACAUUCCUACCUAGGCAAAACCAUCUAGCUAAGUAGACAGCUGGCUAUUGACAACAUUCACUUCUGAGGCAAGUAUUAUUCUAAUAUCUAAGGCCUAUGUAUGCACAAAAACAUGCCAGCAUAGUUUCUGUCAGAAAAAAAACCCCUUCCUCUUUGCCCAUGACAGUUCUCAUUCUGAUAUCUCUUUUCUUUCCUGCAGAAAAGUCCUAAUAUCAAUUAUACCUAAGGUCCAUUCACCUGCAUGAAUGUACAGUAGAUGACUGAGUAGGAUCUUUGUUCUUUACACAUGCCUAUACCCUAAACAGCCUGCUGUCUGACCUUCAGACCAAAUUCAUCCUACAUAUACAUGACACACAAGCAAGUUCCAGGACGGCAGAACCAUGAAUGUCCCUGACAUUCUUGUGGUCUCCUGCCUCUGAAGAGAACUUUUGUCACCCUCCAAAUUGUCACUUAGCUGUCCUUGCAGGACCUAUUUGUCCUCUGUUGCCCACCCAGCCAAAGAGUCCCCUUGGGAAAUAGCAGGUCUUUGUUUAAUAGGUUCACAUGUCCAUUCAUGCAUAUGCAUAUGUGCCCCCUUGGUCAUCCCUAGGAAAAUGCAGAGGUCGUCUCUUCUUAGAGCCUUGUAGAAGGUGUUUUUAUCUCUGUCAAACCCUCCAGUGCCAUGCAUCACUGGAGCUCUGUAAACCAACAGCUGCUCACACUCCAAGCCACUCUGCUGCCAGUGCUGCCCAGCCGCAAGGCAUUUCCCAUGGGAGGUCUGUCUUGUGAACCCUCCAGCUGGUCUGCAGAGCAUUCCUGAGCAAAAUGUACACAUAAAAUAUGAAACCGGUGUGUAGCAAGGAGCAGGGGUAGCAAAGUGGCACAUGUGGGUCUCUGCUUUGCAGUGAGUUCCCAUGACUGGAGAGGUCAUCUCCUGGGGGAAGGAUGGGGCAGCUCCACAGAGGUACUCCUCAGGACCUUCAGCAUGGGGACACGUGUGGGCAGGACUGGAGAGUGCUGGUGGGCAACGGGACAGGUGGAAUUAGGGUUAUGGUCUGUGCAGGCAGCAGAAAUGCCAGACUUUAACCUGAGGAUGAGCUGCUGCCCUGUGAGCCACACACUCUGCUUUGUCUUUCAGCUUUAUUCCUGCAGGACGGUCACGUUGGCUGCCGCAGUAUUUUGCCUGUGGGGAAUAUUCUGUGUUUGAACAGUUGAGCGCAUGGAGGGAGUUCUUGCAGACAUGGAGAGUAUGCAUAUGGGCGUGCAUCAGGGGGCCUGGAUGCUGAACAGCUUGCCAUUUAAAUGCACACUCGUGCAAACUAAUCUGCUCAGCAAUGGCUAGCUGAGCGGACAGAGCUGCAUAUCCUCUGGAGGGAAGAAAGCUCUGCUUCUUGUUUCCUGACUAAAUUUCUCCAAAACAAACAUGAGAGUAGACAAGGCCUCCUCCUGGGAAUACAUAUUAACUGUUCUUCACAUGUCUUUUACUUCACAUAUGGUGAUAUUAACAUGUAACUACUUCCACAUGAAUCACAUCCUUGAAUUAUUGCUUUUUAAUGACCUUGCUUAUUCCAAGUGAUGCUACUUUUGUACACCCAAUGGUAUCCCAUUGAGCAUUGCAAGCAGUAAUCUGCUGCUUUCUGUGUCCAGUGUCUUCCAACUACCUCAUCAUGCUGAAGAUGAGUUAGGAAAUCAGCUUUCCACCUCUGUUUAUGUUCUAAAUGGCAUCAAUUCAAGGAAAGACAGUCUGGAAAGCUUCUACAAUGUCCAAGCUGUGCAAGCUAGCUACAAAAGUACCCAUACUUACAGGACUAUGGCUGUGAAAUAUGGCUGUGCACUGUUAUUUGGUUAAUAGAGUAUCCAGAGCACGCAUGGCUAUUGUGGCAAAACAGCAGCAGGACAAGACCUAGGAAAGGUUCGACGAGUCAGUGCAGACGGCGUUAGGCUGAAGCAAAUGGAUUAAUGUACUCUCAGUAUAACUCAGCACUAAGAUCCCAUAGAGUACUGUAAUAAAAUGGUAGCAGGGCAGCCAUAAAAAGUGGCAGUAAACUGACAUAAUAUUACCAGAAUAAAUGUAGCAAUAAGGUAACACAGGCCACUGCAGUAAAGUAGCAUUUUGAUAAUGCAGCAAUAAGACACAACAGGACGCUGCAGUAAAUUAGUAUGGGGAAUAAGGCAGUAAUAACAGUGUGGACAAACAGUGGUACAUUUGUACCAGGUACUGCAGCAAUAAAGAUAACACAAGAUGUCCUAGUAAUAAGUUACUACAGUAACAACAACAUGAUGCACUGUAAAGUUAUAUCAGGAUGCUUCCAUGCUGCAGUCAAAUCCUACAAGAGGUGGUAGUGAGACAAUGAUGACAAAAUAUACCCCAUUUCCAAAAGCAGAACGUGAAUCAGUUUUCUGCACUGUAACCCAGAUUCUAGAAUGAUCUCAGCAAUACCAAUCUUCUCAUUCCUGCUUUCAAGGAAGCUGAGGCAAGAGUGUUCCCCCACCCAGACAAUUAUUUUGGUCUGAAAAUACAAAAUUGACUCAUUGUCUCUUCAGCCAAAUUGUCACAGACUGUGGUGAAGUUCUUUGUUUAGUCCUACUCAGGUGAAACCCUGGUGGUUUUGGUAAGUCCUUUGCCUUUGAAAGGAUUUGGCUCUCAUCUUCUGGCGUGGGUGAUGCUUUUAGCCUAAAAUUAUUUCUGGUUUGGGUGGGAGAAGGGGAACCCAGGUACAGAACAUUUGACUGUACCAGUCUGUUUCCUAAAAUGCACAAAUAAAUGGAGCAUCCUGGAAAAGUCAAAGCAACAAGGACCAAAUCUGUUCUGUCUGUCAUGCACUCAUGCACACAAAAAUAAUUCUCCUGGAACCAGUGCAAGCCCUGGGUGCAUCCAUGGGCAGGACUUGGCCUAACCCUGUUCUCAGUGUCCACAGCAGAGUGACAGAAGCAGUGUCUCUGUCUCUUUUGCUGUUUUUCCUUUUUUUUUUUUUAACCUAACCUCACCCUCUUUAUGGAAUGGUCUUAGAAAAAAAUUCAUUUGCCAUAACACAAUAUGCAGUAUUGUGGCAAGGAAUAGGUCUGUCCAAGGAAUUUGCUGUAUUUUUACUCUUCAGUAGAGAGGUAAAGCAUUCUGAAAAAUAACCGGCAACCACUGUUAUACUCAAUAAUCACCAGGAAUAAGGGUUUAGUCAAAGCAUCUACAUCAACAAGAAGACUUGAGUGGAGUGUGUAUGCCAGAUAACAAGAUGGUCUCCUGGGAAAAGGAUGUAAAUAGGGCAAAACUGCAGGGUCUUAACUAGCAAGAGCAGCUCACAGCUUCACAAGUCUCAACGGAUACAAAUUUUCUGCUACAUCUUUCUCACCCUUUGCACAACAACUUUGUUAUCCCUUUGUGUGGCUGCUUCUGUCUCUAGGAGACUGCCCAGUUCAAGUUUGGAGCGGUGCUCUUAUCCACCUUGGCUUGGCUCCUGCCUUAAACUCCUUGGCUUGCUUUUAUUGUGGUUUAAUGAUUAAGCAGGAUUAUUAAAGUAGAGCUCACAGUAGGGUAAGAUAGGCUAGGUUAUCAUGAUUAGCUUGUUUAAGCUGUGAGCAAUUUUGAGCUUCUCAGCACUGUUUAUAACCUGAGACGGGGAACAAGCAACGUGGCUGCUCAGCAGAACAGUGAGCUGGUGAACAAUACACUAUCUUCAUGCCCACACGUACUUUGAACUUACUGCUGAGGAGAAAUGCUUUGUAGUGAGAAAAGUAAUCUCACGGCAGGAGAGAGUCAGACCUGAUCAACUUUUUCAUGUGAUACACAUUUUGCUUUGCCAGCCCCUAGCAUCUGCAAAGCUUGCAGCUAAGAGCCAGCAACCUCCUAAUCCUGCUGCUAAGCUUUGGAAACCAGCUUUUCAAAGGCUGUCUUUACACAGCAAUGCUAUUACUUGAAGGCUUUUAAUGUGAAUUCAUGGCUAUUGCCACAAGUGUCAGUGUAGUUGCCCUCUGUAUUUGCAAUAGGAAUUUGUGGAUUCACCCCACACAGAGGGUGGAUGUUAGUGGGCAGAAUUUAGGGAUGCACCAGUGCCUUCCUGUCUGGGGACCCAGAAGAUAUGCUGAAACAUCUCAUCUGGCAGAGGGCAGCUCUCUUUUGGGCAAUGGACAUUGCUAUCUGUCAGCAGAGAUACUAAAUGGAGCUUCUCUCUCUCAUCUUUGGGGACUUGAACCAUACCAUCCUUACACAAAUAGUAGGUGACAGCUAGCCCUGAGCAGCACCUUUUAUAGGUGGACUAGGAAGUGGAGUAGUGUGGACUGGGAUUUCUAGAGUGGUUGUUUCCUUUUGGAUCCUCAACAAUAUUUCUCAUGUCCAUCCAUGUGCAGGUUAUUCCUGCAUGAUGCGCAGGUUCACAGCCCAGAACUGUGGACAUCUGGUUCUUGCCAUGGUUCUACAUGAGGCUCAUGCCACGUGGAUUAAGGCACACCAGAUUAAAAAAAAAUUAUCAAAUGAUGCUUUACACAACGCAUCACUUCUCCAAAAAGCAUCUGGGAUUCUGGAAUUUGCUUUUCCGGGGUCAUCUGGGGCCAAAGGAGACACUGUGGGAUUUUCCUCUACAAGGGAAAAAUUGUAAGGGUCUCCUGCCCCUGUGGUGUGAGUGGAGGCAGCCAGAG